AUGGACAAAUCCUAUCAGUUCCCUUGCAAAAUGAAGAGCUACUGGAAAAGGCGGAGACAAAGAAACGAAUUCGCGCAGGCGAUGGGCAUGAAGGAAACUGAUAUGUUUGUGCAAAGAAUGUUUGCAGUUACGGCACAAUCCAAUAGUGACGUCAUCACGUUCGCGCAAUUUCUCGAAGUUCUUAAAAAAUUCAGUGGAGGAACUAUGCAGGAGAAGUAUAAACUUCUUUUCUCAAUGUGUGAUGUGGAUGGCAGCGGUCGAGUUCAUCGCAGGGAAUUCGCUGAUCUUAUUCGCUCGCUCAACACCGUUGUCGGCGUCAGCAUCACAGAAAGCACUCAGAAUCGUGUCAUUGAGAGCAUACUGGACCAAUCAGGAAUCGAGCAUCAUUCGGAUUACUUAACAACCGCAGAUUUUGAAGCGAUCUUUACUAAAGCCGUGAAGGGCCGUCCCGUUGGCGUUGAGUUGCGUGGAGCGAAACUCAAGAUGAAUCUAGAGGAAACGGCUUCAUUGAACUCCUUUGCUGUGCCCACGACUUCUGACGACCAUUCCGCACAUCGCAGUAUUUUCGGCACAAUCGCAGCUUUCACCGGCACUUACCGUCAGCACAUCUUCAUCCUGUUUAUUUUCUGCUGUGUUAAUCUGAUGAUUUUCUGGGAUCGAUUCCGAUGUGAGUUUAUCACAGCUCAUUCUGUCGUCCUCAUCAGA